CCCACAAGCCCAGCAGCGUGCUUCAGUCUGAUCUCGGACUGGCGAGUGUAUAGAUACAUACAUACAGGGACAGAUAGAGAAAGUGGGGUUUAUAUCUGUGUAUCGGUUUCACUUCUUUUCAAACAAACGUUCGUGUUAGGGUUUCGAUCCAGAGAGGUUAGAGAGAGAGAGAGAGUGAUGGCGGAUCACGAAGAGUCGAAGGUGGAAUCGAUGAUGGACAAGAUAACCGAAAAGCUUCACGGCGACUCAUCGUCGUCCUCAUCGUCAGACUCAGACGACGACAAGAAAUCGUCUCCGUCUACGUCGCCGUUGAAGUCGAAGGUUUACCGGCUCUUCGGAAGAGAGAAGCCUCUCCAUAAGGUCCUCGGCGGCGGAAAACCUGCUGAUGUGUUUCUGUGGAGGAACAAGAAGAUAUCUGCUGGAGCCCUGGGUGUGGCCACCGCUAUCUGGGUUCUGUUUGAGUUGCUUGAAUACCAUUUGCUCACUUUAGUUUGCCAUGCCUUGAUACUAGCGCUGGCUGUAUUGUUCUUGUGGUCUAAUGCUAGCACCUUCAUCAACAAGUCAACUCCCCAUAUUCCUGAAGUUCACAUUCCUAAGGAGCCAGUUCUGGAGUUUGCCUCUGCCCUCAGGAUUGAAAUCAAUCAGGCUUUUGCAGUUCUAAGGGAAAUUGCUGCGGGAAAAGACCUCAAAAUGUUUCUAUCUGUGAUUGCUGGCUUAUGGGUCUUAUCCCUUGUUGGGAGCUACUGCAACUUCUUGACUUUGUUUUACAUUGCAUUUGUUGUGCUCCACACCGUGCCUGUGAUGUACGAAAAAUAUGAGGAUCAGGUGGAUGCCUUCGCUGAGAAGGCAAUGAUUGAGAUCAAGAAGCAGUAUGCAGUCUUUGAUGCCAAGGUUUUGAGUAAGAUCCCAAGAGGGCCAUUGAAAGGCAAGAAGAAUGCUUAAGAGCUUAGGGUGGCCCCAGGGUAGUUUGGUAGUUGUGUUUUGUCAAGGUGUUGUGAAUUUUUAUCCAUUAUUGGCUCAAAACCUGUUUUUAAAAUCUGUCUUUUUAGGGUUUUGGGUUCAAAAUUAUGGAUGAACAUGGAUAGUUUUAUGUACUUGCAUUUGCUAGGAUUGUGGGCAGCAUUUUCUAAUUUUCUGUUUAUUUCCUGCUUUGAGUGAGAUCUGGUGCUGAAGUUACUAUAUUAUAUCUUAUGUCAGUUAGUGCAUUGCACAUUCGGUUUUAACAAUGAUUUUGGUUCCUUCGAUGUUUUA